UUGUACAAGCGUGUCGAGGAAGAGAAGCUUUUGCGCGGUAAAAGCACCGAGUCAAUCAUUGCCGCUUGCAUAUUUAUUGCAUGUAGACAGGAAAAUGUUCCUCGCACAUUCAAAGAGAUCUGUGUAAUCACCAGAGUGCCCAAGAAAGAAAUAGGACGUUGCUUCAAGACCUUAAUCCGCAACUUCGAGACGAAUGUAUCGACAAUGACAUCGGAAGAUUUGAUGUCACGAUUCUGUUCGAUGUUAAAACUUCGAAUGGAGAUACAAAAGACCGCUCUUGAGCUAACCAUUAAAACGAAAGAGCUCGGAACACUUGCGGGAAAAUCUCCUGUCUCUGUCGCCGCGGCCUGCAUCUACAUGGCUUCAUGCCUUUACAACCAACCACAAUCUACAAAGGACGUCGCUCAGGUUACUGGUGUAUCUGAGGUGACCAUAAAGAAUUCAUAUAAGCUAUUAUAUAAUGAGAAGAAAAGGUUGCUGGAUCCGAAUAAGCAUAAUUACGAAAAUCUGCCGUCACCAUAA